UUGGUCAAGUAGUUAGCACGUCUGACAUUGUGCUAGACGUCAUCUACAGAAGAUGACGAACGAAACCAACGACUCCCACCAUCUGACCACGUCUAUGAGUUUUUAUCUAACCAAAUCUGGCUCGUACAUUGCUGACGUCAACACAAGCAACUCAGACCCUAACAAAACAACACAAACAUACGGUUCAUACAAAAGGGAGAAUGUAAAAAACUCAAAUCCGGAUCUAUCACAUAACGAAACAAAACUCAAUACAGUAGACUCCAGGAAUACAAGCGGAUUCACAAAGACUCAUAAUGGAGUUUACGUAAAUACGAAAAAAAGUUCCAAAAAAAUUUCAAACUAUGUUUCAAGAAACGGUGAGAGUAUAAAGUCUUUAAGCACAGAGGAUGAAGAAAAGAAGAAAGACAAACACCGAAAGUUGAAGUUUUCUGAGAUGCCUAGACGUAGCAAGUACGCCUUGUUGAUUAUAGCGAUGGCGAAUUUUGGCGCCGGUUGCGGAUUUUCUCUACCGGCGCCCUUCUUCCCAAGAGAGGCCCAGUUGAAACAAGCCUCACCGACAGCCAUAGGUCUAGUCUUCAGCAGCUACCAACUGGUCAACUUCAUAGCCUGUCCCAUAUUUGGUAACUUUGUAAGAACCUGUUGA